AAACGAGGGAUAAAACAGGAAAAUGUGGGUGCAAAUACUGAGGCUCAAUUGGGGGCAGCUAGAAUUAUCAAAACCCCGCUUAAAACAAUUUCACUACCAUCUCAAAUCUCCUUCUACUAGCCAAUUCUCGGCGAGAUAUGGAGAAAGAAUUGAUCCAACUAUUUCAAACGGUGGAGAAAGCCGCGGCGGCAGCUGAAAACGACGCCGUUGGAGGUUCCUCGGCGGAGGAAGAUCGCUGUAUCGAUGUUCUCAAUCAGCUCGAGAAAUGCCCCGUUAAUUACGACGUCUUAGUCUCCACUCAGGUAGGAAAACGCCUGCGGCAUCUAACGAAACAUCCUAGAAAGAAGAUUCAGGCUUUGGCUUCUCAAUUGAUUGAGACAUGGAAGAACAUUGUAGUUGAGGAAACACUUAAAAAGAAUAGAAUGGGAAGCAUGGACAGUAAAGUUUCCUUGAAUUCUCAACCUGUUUCUGCCGGAACUUCGGGGGGCAUAAGGGUUGCGAAUGUUGAAACUUUGAAGAUUGAGAAAAAUGACUCUAAUGUUGCAUCAAGGACUGAGAACUUUGUCGAAUAUGAGAGUAACUCAGAUGAGGAUAGAAUAGAAAUAUUUGAUGAUGUCAGGAUUCAAGAGAUUGCCUCUGGGAAACGUGAAACUGUUGUAACAGUGGCUAGCAAGGGAAAACAAAACGUCGAUGCGAUGAAAUCUACACAAUUAAUGUCAUCCGCCCCUAAGCUGUCUACCCUCAUACGUUGUAAUGAUCCCGUACGGGACAAAAUUCGUGAACUUCUUUUACAAGCUUUGAACAAAGUUUCAGGUGAGAUCGAGGAACGUCAAAGAGGUGAGUUAGAUGCAUGUGACCCAAUUAGGGUUGCUGUGUGUUUGGAGUCUGCAAUGUUUGAGAAGUGGGGCCGGUCUACUGGUGCACAGAAAGUGAAAUAUAGAUCCAUACUAUUUAAUAUUGGGGAUUCAAGCAACCCAGAUUUCCGUAGAAAAGUUCUCUUAGGACAUGUUCAGCCAGAAAAGGUCCUUGAAAUGAAACCAGAAGAAAUGGCAAGUCAUGAUAGGCAACGUCAAAAUAAACAGAUUAAAGACAAGGCUUUAUUUGAGUGUGAGCGUGGCAAACAAGCAGAGGCAACUACCAAUAGUUUCAAGUGUGGCCGAUGUGGAAAAAGGAAAUGCACUUACUACCAGUUGCAGACUCGUAGCGCAGAUGAGCCUAUGACUACAUUUGUAACAUGUGUAAACUGCAAUAAACGUUGGAAGUUCUGUUAGUGUCUUCAGCGGCUGCCAAAAUUUCUACCAAAUAGGUGUCAGCUUAGUUGUUAUGACAAAUACAUAUUUGUUAAUUAGUAUCCUUUCUUUAUUUCUGAACUUUAGAAGAGCUCUAUAUGCCAUCUAGGUGGGAGAAAUGAUCCCAAUUUUACUUUGUAUUCUAUCAGUUCUGACUUCCGCUUCUGCAGUUUUUGGAAUGAUUUUCAUGUCAUUGAGCAAUGUAUUGGUUAAUUUUGUUGAUGUUA